CUUCUUGUAGUUACUAGCUUGACAGCGGUGCCGUUAAGGGAUACAAACAGAAGGUUAGCCCAGCUGACAGCAAGUAAUCUAUCAGCGGGGAAAGGGAUUUUGUGUUUUGUCGCCCUGUGGAUCGGUAGUGGUUGUGUUAUGAGUAGAGGACACUGGCUGUCUUAGGACUGUGAUCGAGCACCAUGGCUGCAGCCCCUCCACUCAGACGGACAGAUUCAGCUCGGGGGGAGUUUUCCCCUCUGAAGCACUUUGUCGUAGCCAAGAAGAAGAUAAGCGAUGUGUUUGAGCAACUACUGAAUUAUGUGAAAGAGACUUCAGAGUUUGUAGAAGAAACCUGUGCGAAUAAAGCUUUGGAGAACAUUGCGAGUCAGGAUCAGAAGUUGGAGAUUCAGGCAUAUGCUGAUAAACUGGCUGUCAUUAAGGAGGUGCUGGCACGCAGACACAUGAAAGUGGCCUUUUUUGGCAGGACCAGUAAUGGUAAAAGCACGGUAAUCAACGCCAUGCUGAGGGACCGUGUGUUGCCCAGCGGCAUUGGCCACACCACUAACUGCUUCCUGAGUGUGGAGGGCACAGACGAAGACAAAGCUUACCUCAAGACAGAGGGUUCUGAUGAGGAGAAGAGCAUCAAGACUGUAAACCAGCUGGCUCACGCACUCCACAUGGAUGAGAGUCUAGACGCCGGCUGUCUUGUACGAGUCUUCUGGCCAAAGACCAAGUGUGCUCUGCUUCGAGACGACCUGGUGCUUGUAGACAGCCCAGGGACAGACGUCACGUCACAACUGGACAGCUGGAUUGACAAGUUCUGCCUGGAUGCUGAUGUCUUCGUGCUGGUGGCCAACUCUGAAUCCACGCUCAUGAACACAGAAAAGCACUUCUUUCACAAAGUGAACGAACGUCUGUCAAAGCCGAACAUCUUCAUCCUCAACAACCGCUGGGACGCCUCAGCAAACGAACCAGAAUACAUGGAGGAUGUGAGGAAGCAGCACACAGACCGAUGUGUCAACUUCCUGGUAGAGGAGUUGAAGGUUGUGGACCGUGAGCAGGCGCCCAACCGCAUUUUCUUUGUCUCCGCCAAAGAGGUGCUCAACUCCCGCAUGCAGCGUGCACAGGGCAUGCCCGAAACAGGUGGAGCUCUGGCUGAGGGCUUCCAGGAAAGACUGAAGGAGUUCCAGAGCUUUGAGAGGAGAUUUGAGGAGUGUAUCUCGCAGUCAGCAGUGAAAACAAAGUUUGAGCAGCACACUAUCAGGGCCAAGCAGAUCACAGAAAAAGUCAAGAGCAUCAUGGACGCCAUCAACAUAGAGGCGGCGGAGAAGAGAGUGGCAGCACUUGAGGACAGAGAGUAUCAGAUGGACCGACUCGAGUUUGUCAAAAAUCAGCUCAACUUGCUGAUAGACGACAUCAAGAAAAAGAUCAAAGCCAUAAGUGAAGACGUGGAGUCCAAGGUGUCCAGCGCAAUGGGAGAGGAGAUCUGCCGUCUUCACGUAAUCGUCGAUGAGUUCCACACCGACUUCCACCCAUCGCCUCAUGUCCUCAAGAUCUACAAGUCUGAGCUGCUUGCUCAUGUGGAGGAGGGGAUGGGGAAGAACCUGGCGUUCCGCUGCUCUGACGCUGUGAACGCCUCUGUCCAGUCGUCUCAGAAUUACAUGAUAGAGAGCAUGCUCCCUCUGCUUCCCUGUAAGGAGCAGAGCCAAGUCCACAUGCUGGUACCCAGCAGGAAGUUUGACCUGAGUUAUGACCUAAACUGUGCCAAACUCUGCAGUGACUUCCAGGAGAACAUUGAGUUUCAGUUUUCAUUGGGCUGGACAGCGUUAGUCCACCGCUUCCUGGGAUCUGUCAACGCAGAGAGAGCGCUCAGACUGGUGGACCAGAGCUUCCAGGCCUCUCGACCAGCGCUGCCCAUGGCCUGUACACCCUCCUCCGGACCCCCCUCCAUCUCUCAGCCCAACCACGAGACAGCCGUCAUGACACAGGAGGACCUGAUGGUAGCCAUGGCAACCAAUGUGGCUUCCCUCACUUCACGCACUUCAAUGAGUGUCAUCGUUGUUGGAGGAGUGGUGUGGAAAACAGUUGGCUGGAGACUGAUCGCCCUGUCGGCUUCGCUGUAUGGCUUGUUGUACCUGUAUGAGAGACUCACUUGGACCACAAAGGCGAAAGAGCGAACUCUGAAGCGCCAGUUUGUCGACUACGCAACAGAGAAGCUGCAGCUCAUCGUCAGCUUCACCAGCAGUAACUGCAGCCACCAGGUCCAACAGGAGAUGGCUACGACCUUUGCUCGGCUCUGUCAGCAGGUGGACCAGACGCAGAAAGAGCUGGAGGCAGAAAUCCGCAGACUGACAGCCAAGAUAGAUCAGCUGGAGACCGUCCAGAGCCACUCCAAGAGCCUGCGACAUAAAGCCACAGAGCUUGAGAUGCAGUUGGAGGCUUUCACAAACCAGUACCUUCAGCCUCAGCAGUGAAGAUGCUUCUCCUCAUUGCUCCCCACACUUUUGUUUCGUGUGGAGCCAGUCAUUCCUCAGCCCGACGCGCACCUCUCCCCGCCCGGUCCCUCCUCAACACCCAGACUACAACACCGUUUCUAUGUGGGCAGUAGUGCCGAGAAUAUUAGUCAAUUAAUCGAUUAGUAGUCUGUCGACCGAAAAUAAUUCCAGUGGCUAUUUUGAUAAUCAGUGAAAUGUUUCUUACCUUUGUAAAAUUUAGUAUCUGCUUUCUUUUUUCUUUUGUUUUUGUUCAUUAAUUUGUCUCAUUUCUUGUUUUUUGGUCACACCAAAUAGUCAAUUUGAAGACAGUUCUGGUAACUUUUGAUGGUCAUUUGUCUUUUUUUUUGGGGGGGGGGUGUUGACUAUUCAAUUAAUCAAAACAAGCAAAAAAGAAGAUUUCUUGAUAAUGAAAAUAAUCUAGUUUCACUGGGUGGACAGAUGAGAGUCAUGGUCCAGACACAACAGUAUUUUUCCCCUUCUCCUCAGCCAGUCAGGUGUUCCAGGUGCUUAACAAACAGCAGUGAACAAACUGUAAAACAAAACUGCCUGUAAUAAAAACUUGGACUCAUGGUGUGCAAAGACGCUCCACAAAGAGGUGACAGAAUCUCAGUCGGAGUGAAGACUACCUACUGGUCGGGUGCUGUAUUUUGACACUAACAUGCUUCGAAAUGUGAAUAUGCCUUUUUUGACUAACUUUUGUGUAGCAAAUGAAGUUUAUGUGUCUGUAAGAUUGUACAUUGUAUCUUUUCAGGCACAUGAUCUACUGUAUGGUAGGAACAAAAAAUAAAUAUAUUUAAUUUAAAAAAAUGUUCAAAAGGAUCCAGUAAAAUAAAUUCACUGAGGAAGGGAAAGCAUGUCUUUAAAAUGCUGUAGGUUCAUGUUCUAUUUUCUAACAACCCAAACUGUAUAGAUAAAAGCUUUGGAAAUCCUCAUAUAUUUUAUAAUAUCAUAUUUUAUUUAUACCCAUUGGAUUUAAAUGACAGUUACACAAGUCUGCACUUUGAAAAAUUGUCCUCUUUUUUUCUUAAAUGUGUUGAAAUACCUCCAGAUUUGCCAGACAAUAUUAAAUCUACCACAUCUAAAA